AUGUCGCUACCAUCUAGCUACACUGCUCUGCUCAAUGAUCUCAAUCGUGAUGUAGCUCGCGCGCGUCCGGCUGAUGCUCUCCAAUUUUGCGCAAACUGGUUCAAUUCCAAGCUCGAGGAACAGCGUCGAGCGCAUCUCGCUUCGAACACCAACUUUGCUACCACCAACGCAUCUACGCCCUUCUCUCACAACUCGGUAGGCCCUAGCGACAUUGUGGAUUUCGGAGGCGCUGCGCCUGGUCUCGCCUCGCCCACGCAGCGUGCUUCGCUGUUCCAUUCGGACCCAUUCGCUCCCGGCGCUGGUGGUGGUGCGCUACCGGUGGCAUCACUCGCCGUACCCAUGGACGCAUCGCAGUCGCCUGAUUCGACUCCCGCUCCAGCCACUCCAGCCGCACCAGCCGCACCAGCCGCACCAGCCGCACCGUUUUCUAGCCUGGGUGGCUCGGGCUCGACAAGCAUCUCGAAUGCGGCUUUCAUUCCACCCACCUUUAACCUCGGUCGGCGUACCUCGGUCUCGGCAGAGAGCAUGGCGCCCUCAGCGGCGAAUGCCGAGUCGGAUGGCUCGCCGCUGCCCAAGACGGUGAUUCCCAAGUCGGAAGAGCAGAUGCAGAGGAUCCGUGGCUCGAUCGGCAACAACCUGCUCUUCCGCAACCUCGAGCAGGAUCAGUACCGCGAUGUGUUGCUCGCCAUGAAGGAAGUCAAGGUAGAUGCCAACGUCACUGUGAUCGAACAAGGCGCUCAGGGAGAUUAUUUUUACGUGGUGGAGUUUGGUACGCUGGAUGUGUAUGUACGCUCGCCGGACGCCGUGUCAGAAGGAGCGCCGUCAGCGUCAGCGUUGCUUGGCGACAAAAAGGUGUCGUAUGGGCCCGGUUCGUCAUUUGGUGAACUGGCGCUGCUGUACGCUCAACCGCGAGCUGCUACGGUGCUCUCGACAUCGGCAUGCACGUUGUGGGCGCUAGACCGGAUCACGUUUAGGAGCAUCCUGAUGGAGACCAACUCGCGUCGAAGGGCGCUGUACGAAAAGUUUCUCAUGGACGUUCCGCUGUUUGAACGACUUUCGGCGGCGGAACGUGCCAAGAUCUCGGACAGCCUGGAGCUGCGUGAGUACUCGCGUGGCGAGGCGGUCAUCUCGCAGGGUGAGCGCGGUAGCGAGUUUUUCAUUAUUGUGGAAGGCGAUGCCGAGGUACGCAAGACCAAGCAAGGCGGCGAGGAGGUGGUGGGCAAGCUCUCGCGCGGCGACUACUUUGGCGAGCUGGCACUGUUGAACAAUGCGCCUCGCGCGGCUACUGUGGCUGCAGCGGGCGCCACCGACGACGCAAGGCUGAGGGUGGUGACGAUGAGCGAAAGGGCAUUUACGAGGUUGUUGGGACCGCUGGCGGGGAUUCUCGAGAGGCAUGCCAAGGAGACGUAUGGCGACGAGUAUUCGGCGGUACAUGCGAAUGCGAAUGCGGACGCAGCGACGAGCGUCAACAGCGCCGCAUUGGCGCGCUCAGGUGCGGACACGAGUUUCCCGCAUCCCAUGGAUUCCAGCGCGAAACCGGGCGAGGGCGCAUGGAGCGCGCCGAAUCCGUUUGCUUGA